UAGUUAUAAACAUUAUUACUAGUAUAAACUCUGGAGAUCCCACUGGAGGUGACUGAAGACAGGAAACUACCGCAUAUCCUCUUUUUCAGAAGAGGCUGAGCAACCAGGCAAAAUGCACACGACCACUGAGUGCGGACAGCCGAGAGCUAUCCAACUCCAGAGACCAAGAGAAAGAAACCUCCAUGUUGUUGAGGGAGCAGGAAGUAGACCCAGCGUGAAGACCCUUUCCCAGAGAAGAGAGCUCAGAGCUGUGAGAGAGGUCACAGGUAAAGAAAAGUCAAAACAUUCAAGAAAGAACAAAGAUGUGGGGAACAUCUGAGAAUGCACCUGCAACAUUUCAGGCCUAAUGGCACCAAGCACAUGAUUUCCUGAGCUGAGUCCUCACGGGUUUGAACUGGCGGAGAUAACAGCGUCUGAUCCACGGUGAGCACGGAUCUGAGGCCGAGCACACUGACUCCAGAAAGGAUCCACGAUCUAUUUAUCGUUGUCUCUUCUCACUCUGCCGGAGCAGUAUCCGAUGCCACAGUAAAUGUCCAAUAUCUCAGGAAUUCAACUGGCAGACCCCUCGAGAGCAGAGGCAGCUGUGAUCCUGGUGCCUUGGAACCCCUAGUCUCCUUGGGAAUGAAGGUCAUCGGGAUUCUCAUGGUCGUCACCUCGUGCUUGAUGGCUCCCACUCACAGCAGCUUCUGGCAGUUUCAGAAGAUGGUCAAAUACAUCACAGGGCGGAGCGCUUUCUUCUCAUAUUACGGAUAUGGCUGCUACUGUGGGCUCGGGGGCAAAGGGACCCCCGUGGAUGCCACUGACAGGUGCUGCUUGGAGCACGACUGCUGCUACGAGAAGCUGAAGCACUUCGGCUGCCAGCCCGUGUUGAACAGCUAUCAUUUCCACAUUGUCAACGGCACCGUGGUCUGUGAAUGUGCCCCUGGUCCUGGUGGCAGCUGCCUCUGUGGGCUGAGGGCCUGCGAAUGUGACAAGCGAUCUGCUAACUGCUUCAAAGCGAGCCUGCCCACCUACGAGAAAAACUUCAAGCAGUUCUUCUUGAGCCGGCCCCGGUGUGGCCGGCGUAAACUCCAGUGCUAGCGAGGCCAGGGGAACCCUUGGCGGUCAGCAUUGGCUCUCUUGUCACUUCCGGGAAAGCUUCUUCCCUCAGCCCAACAGUUCACCCUCCAGCCUGGAGUACUCCUUUGUCACUCGGCAUCAGAGGGCUGGAACUCAGUCAUAGAGGACAAAGUCCUGGCGUUUUAUGGAGGGAGACAGACCCUAAGUAUAUACAGACAUAAAUGCUACAUUCCCAUAGUAGUAAGUGUAGUGAAGCGAUAAAACAAGGUGACAGUGUCGAGACAUGUCCCCAACCUCCAUCCCAGCAAGUUACCAGGAGGAGAAAAGCCCCAGGAUCUACCCUAAACUCUCCCUCCAUCCCCCUCCCCAAAUCAGGGUGCAGGCAGACUUAGGGCCCGGGCCCACAAUCCAGGUCCAGCUGGGAGCAAAGCAGACAUCCCAGAGCACAAGGUCUUGGCACACACACCAACGACCUGAGAGACAACUUGGAGUUUGUUUCUCCUUUGCUCGAUUCCUGCCUUCUGAAAACCCUCAGGUGGGAGCAAAUUGAUGACAUACUCACCUCUCAGGAGACAGAGCUUGACGACUGCAGUGUCCACUGCUGCCAUGUGGGUGUCCUGGCCAGGAAGAUGCCAAAGAGAUGGGGAAAGAAGGCAUGGGGGAGGGAAUCAGAUGUAUCCAAACUUUCCAUCCAAAUUUAGAAGCUCCUGGUUAUGUCAGACGUAAAUUCUAAU